AUGGUGCAAUGCGGUGAGCGUGGAUCGAACACGCGACCUUCAGAUCUUCAGUCUGACGCUCUCCCAACUGAGCUAUCCCGCUGUAGAGGUCAAGGGAAUUGUGUUUGUGUGGGAGACCAUCAUCAUCAUCAUCAUCAUCAUCAUCCAGAUGGGAAAGGCGGCACGAGUAUCUCCUUCAAAGACCAAUUCACUUUUGAGGAAAGGUGCGCAGAAUCGCAAGAGAUGAUGGCUAAGUAUCCCGACCGACUACCUGUGGUCGUGGAAAAGUAUCUCAAAACUGAUCUUCCCGACAUGGAGAAGAAGAAAUUCCUAGUGCCUAGAGACAUGUCUGUGGGACAGUUCAUUCACGUCCUUAGCGGGAGGCUCCAUCUGGCUCCCGGGAAAGCUCUUUUUGUAUUUGUCGAGAACACCUUGCCUCAAACAUCAAGUUUGAUGCAGUUUGUUUAUGAAUCGUACAAGGAAGAAGAUGGAUUUGUUUAUAUGUGCUACAGCAGUGAGAAAACCUUUGGUUGUGACUUGUGAGUGCAGGCAAGUAAAGUGACCCUCUAUAACUUGCUUAGACUCUGGAUUGCCAAUUGCAGUAAAUCGCUUGUUUGUGUCAAAUUGUCUAGAAGUUGGACGUUGUACAUUUGUAGUACAUUUGUAUGUGGUAACACUAAGGAAUAUAUUUCUGUUAUCUUCCUCCUGAGGGAUGAACUUAGGUAAUUAAAACAUGUAUUAUCUC